UUGGCAGCACUGGUUCGAGCAGCUCAAAAAUGCAGCUCUUGUGAAAUAAUUUUAGAAUUUCUUAUUUGUAAUUUUACGUAGCGUGGGCCAGAAGUAGCAUAUAUAAAUUAGUGCACUGGCACGUAUAGAGAUGAUUAGUGCGUGAAGGAGGUAGUAGUUGGACCAACCGCGGUUAGUUAGCUCCGAUUUCUCCGCUGCCAGCAGCGCACCGCAAUCGAUUUUUAUUCGAGGCGAAUGCUGUGGAAUUUCCCAUCCAACUUUCCCACACUCUGAAUUCCGGCGGCGGCAUUUAGCGAAACACAAUGAAGGACGGCGGUCACAUAACGCUCACACUCCCGCCGGGAGCAGCGACGACGGCGGACGAGCGGGGCAGGAAGAGCCUGCGGCGGGCUUGGAAUCAGCUGCCGCGUUGUCAGCGCAAUCUCAUUAUUCUGGGCAUCACCGGAUUCUGCGUGACAGUGUUGCUCUGCCUAAGUGGCGAUCAGCUGCUGGCCGCCAGUUUAAAGGAUGUGGACACCAAGGCCGAGGUAGUUGCAUAUCAAAUGCCCCUGCCUAAUCCGCACCAUCAUCCGGGCGUGGAUAAGGAUGUGGCCAAAGACACUGCUGCGGCACCUGUUCCGGCCGAUAAGAGAGCACCACGGGCGGAGGCGCUUAGUGAUAAGUUUAAUGAGCUCGUUGCCUAUGGAGAAGCGAAUUCAGCUGAGAACGUGGCCCGUCUGCCGGAGACGGUGGCUGCUGAAGGACUUCACCAGGCCGUGGCAAUGGCUGUGGCCUUGCCUCCGCCCGAUAGUAACAAGGAGCAGGACAUCGGUGGAAUCGACAUCCUAAACAAUGUAGAGGAGCCCGUCGCCCAGGAGCAAGCAGAGCCGCUAAGCGAGGGCGAACAGCUUGAGCAAGCCAUCAAGAACCCACUAACUUUGGGCGGCGUUAGCUUUAAAGAGCAUCUCAAAAAGAUCAAGCCCCUUCUGGCCAAGGGCCAGCACUUCCAUGGCGCCACCAACGAACGACAGUCGGCUGUGGUGGCCGCCUUCAAACACUCCUGGGCGGGCUACAAGAAGUAUGCCUGGGGACACGACAACCUGAAGCCCAUCUCCCAGUACUCCCACGAGUGGUUCGGUCUGGGACUAACCAUUGUUGACUCAUUGGACACAAUGUACAUAAUGGGACUAGAUGAUGAAUUCAAGGAAGGACGCGACUGGGUAGAGCAAUCACUGCGCUUUGAUACCAAGCGCGAUGUAAACCUUUUCGAGGUCACCAUACGUGUCCUAGGCGGACUGCUGUCUGCAUAUCACCUGAGCGGCGAUACAAUGUUUCUGGCCAAGGCUGCAGAGCUGGGCAACCGUUUACUUCCCGCCUUUCAAUCGCCGUCAAAUAUCCCCUAUUCAGAUGUUAAUCUCGGGGAUCUUUCGGCGCAUUCGCCCAAGUGGUCCCCUGAUAGCUCCACCAGUGAGGUCACCACCAUUCAGCUAGAGUUUCGUGAUUUGAGUCGUUCGACAAACAUCUCCAUUUAUGAACAGGUUGCUCACAAAGUAAACGAGAAGGUGCAUGAUCUGGAGAAGAAUCAUGGUUUGGUGCCCAUAUUCAUUAAUGCCAACACAGGAACAUUCCGAAACUAUGCCACUAUCUCGCUUGGUGCUCGUGGAGACUCCUACUAUGAGUACUUGCUCAAACAGUGGAUUCAGACCGGCCGCAGGGAUAAUGAUAACCUUAUUUUGGACUACAUGCAAGCAGUCGAUGGAGUUCUAACACAACUGAUGCGGCGCACGCCACGAGAGCACUGGGUUUACAUAGGCGAGCUGAUCAAUGGCAAAGACUUUAAGCCGAAAAUGGAUCAUCUUACGUGUUAUCUGCCGGGCACUUUGAUUCUGGGUCACCAGAACGGGAUGCCAGACUCGCACCUUAUACUUGCAAGGGACUUAUUGGAUACAUGCUAUCAGACCUACGUGAUGAAUCCCACGCAUUUGGCUGCAGAGAUCUCGUAUUUUGCGCUAACCGAAAAGGACGAUCAGGACAUUUAUGUGAAGCCAAACGAUGCCCACAACCUGUUGCGGCCAGAGUUUGUGGAGAGUCUCUAUUACUUCUACUCAUUAACUGGCAAUCGGACAUACCAGGACAUGGGAUGGAAAAUCUUCCAGGCGUUUGAGACUCACGCUAAAGUAAAUGCUGGCUACACAUCGAUGGGAAAUGUAAAGAACACGCAGAGCACGCGUCUGCGCGAUUUGAUGGAAAGCUUUUGGAUGAGCGAGACCCUGAAGUACUUCUACCUGCUGUUUAGCGACGACCGCAAGGAAAUCGACCUGGAGCAGUGGGUCUUCAAUUCGGAAGGCCAUCCACUGCCGGUCUAUCCGCUCAAGACUUAACUACCGCCUAAGUGAAGCAAUUAGGGGCAGCGCAACUUAGUUGCGUCCGCGACACUAACUGAACGCCGAAUGGAGUUGGCGCAUUCAUGCUGCAUCUAUCGUUUAACUCGUAUUCGCAAUUUAGCGUAAAUGCCAAAUACUAUGCUAAGCUUAGAGAUACGCAGAGCAGAGUUGGCUAAUCGAAUAAAGCAAUGCCCAGCAUCGGUAUGGAUCGAUGGCGAGAAAGUAUAACCCCUGGGGCGACAAAUUAGGGUGCAAUAUCACCUUCUUAACGCCAGACCUCUGCUAACGAAAUUCAGUUAAAAUAUUUACUAAGUCUAUCUAUAGAAGGCCAGCUAUCUUAAACCAUUGCCUUUGGAAGGUGUUAGAUUUGAGGUUGCACCAAGAAAAAGCUGCAUUUGUCGCCCCAGGGAUUUUUAGCCAAUCGUCCCAUCUUCCUAUUAAACAUUUUUUUUUUUUUUUUUUUUUUUGGAUAUAUUAAUUUAAAACUGUCCUUCGCGGACAAUCAUUAAAUUUGAUGACUAAACUUAACGGUAGAGAAUUAAUUGAUUACAUAAAUUGUCAUUUGAAAAUCGGUAGCAAUCGAUUGUAUAAUGUUCUGUGUACUGAUAAUUGUUAUUUUGUAAUUAUUUAUUUCCUACUAUAAGCACGUACUGUAACACGAUAUUGGGGCAUUGCAAACCCCUUUUUUAGACAGUAGCAUCAAUGGAAUCCGCCAGCAGGUUUUAAUCUUGUAAUCUAUGGUAGUUAAACGUGUAUGUUUACGUUAGCAUGAUAUUAGGAAUCAGUUGCACUCAGCACAAAGUCGAUUUGUGUGUAAUCUUAAAGGUAGCGAAUAAACGAAUCUCAAUGAAAAUGAUCAGAACAUUUUCGAUCCCACGGCAACCUGUGAAUGUAUGUAAAACGGAGCCAAUAAUAAAAUGCAAGUGUUUUUAAAA